AUGGAUCGUUCGGACAUUGAUGCGCUGGUGCUGGACUAUCUUGUCCAUGAAGGGUACAAGACAGCUGCAGAGAAGAUGGUUGAGGAAGCCUCAUUAUCGCCGCCCACAGAGCUCGACCAUGUGGAUGACCGCAUGAAGAAACAACGGCAAGACGUCAAGUUGACGCGCGUGCUGAAGCUGCUCAUGUGGUUGGAGAAGCAGCUGGCAACCAAGCUUGAAGUGGAAACGCUUGACUGGAUGGGGCCCAGCAAGCCAUCAUCGGCCUCCUCGGCAUCCCCACAGACAAAGCCAGACAACGGCGACAGCAAACCAACAUCGUAG